AUGGCUUCCCUUCCCUUCACUUCUCUCCCAUUGCUUUCACUUCUUCUCUUUAAAUUAGCUUUUUCAUCCCCACAUGGCAACGCCUCCACCUUCAUACCAUACAAUACCUCCACCACCGCCUCCAUGAAGCUUAUGAACAUCAUCGACUCGUGUUGGCGAACCAUCAACUGGGCUACCAACCUAGAGGCAUUGGCCGAUUGUUCCGUUGGCUUUGGGAAAGCAUCGAUAGGAGGGAAAUAUGGACCGAUAUAUUUAGUUACCAACCCUUAUGAUGAUCCGGUAGACCCUGCUCCCGGCACGCUUCGUUUCGGUGUUAUUCAAUCGAGUCCGCUUUGGAUCAUUUUCUCUACCGACAUGGUUAUCACGCUCAAAAAUGAACUCAUAGUCAAUAGUUACAAGACCAUCGAUGGCAGAGGAGUUAACGUUGAGAUUGCGUACGGACCCUGCAUAACGAUCCAUGGGGUUACCGAUGUUAUCAUCCAUGGGAUUAGCAUACAUGAUUGCAAGCCGGGGACGGCUGGCAGCGAUGGGGAUGCAAUCAGCAUUUAUUCCUCUUCCAACGUUUGGAUUGAUCACUGCUAUCUCUCUAGUUCGACGGAUGGACUUAUCGAUGUCAUUCAUGCUUCAACCGAUGUCACGAUCUCUAAUAACUAUUUCGCUGAACAUGACAAAGUGAUGUUGUUAGGCCACAGUGACGACUUUAUCGCCGAUGAAGUUAUGAAAGUUACUGUAGUUUUCAACCGGUUCGGGGAGGGACUUAUCGAGCGGAUGCCAAGGGUCCGGAUAGGCUAUGCUCAUGUUGCCAACAACCGAUACGAUGAAUGGAAGAUGUAUGCCAUCGGCGGCAGCGCUAAUCCAACCAUUUUCAGCGAAGGAAAUUACUUCAUAGCCUCCGAUGAUCCGGGGUCGAAAGAGGUUACCAAGAGAGAAACAAAUAAUUGGGAAAGUUGGAGAUGGCAGAGUUCGAGAGAUGUGUUUAUAAACGGUGCUUAUUUCGUUCCGUCGGGCCAUGGAAGUUCCGAUCCUCUUUACACCAUGGCUCAAGCAUUCAUUGUUGCUCCAGGAUACAUGGUACCUGAUUUAACAUCUGAUGCUGGUCCUUUACAUUGUCUUGUUGACAGACCAUGCAUGCUAUAAAAGAAAAGGAAAAAAGACAGUAAAACUAGUUUAGUCGUAUCUUGUUUCUUC